GGCUUUUUUCUGUAUAGUUGUCGAUUGUCAUAAAUAUAUUUUUAGUUCUGUGUUAUAAAUACGUCUAAAAAUUGUUAAUAGUAACAUUUUUUUAAGGGUAAAGAAUAUUCUAUUUCAACAAAACUUUACAUUGAUAAAUGAAUAAUUUCUAAUGUUUAAUUGGUAAAAAAAUAACAUUACAAUAUGUAUAAUGGAAUUGGCUUACCAACACCUAGAGGUUCUGGAACAAAUGGCCAUGUUCAACGCAACUGGGCUUUGGUUAGAACUAAGGAAAAAGACAAAAUGUAUAAAACAGAACAAGAACUGGCCACUCUAGAUGCAGCUUCAAAUAAACAACCAAAUAAGGAAAUUUUGGAUCAUGAAAGAAAAAGAAAGAUUGAAUUGAAAUGUGCUGAGUUUGCAGAUAUUCUAGAAGAACAAGGAUUUACUGAAGAAGCAAUUACCAACAAAGUGAACAACUACAGAAAUAUGUUAAUGGGACAAGGGGCCAAGCUACAAACACCUAUUGAUGAAUGGGGGAGACCAAGCGUGACUGAGACCCACCAAGUUGCCGAGGCACAACAGGAAAAAAAUGCUCGUUUACGUGAAGCGUUCGGUAUUUCAGAGUACUUCGUAGACGGUAGCAGCUUCGAUCCCGAUAGACAAGCUAAAGAAAAACUCGCGAAAAGCGUCGCCUUGCAAGAAAAGGAGAGGCAGAAAGCACUUGAUAGAGAAAAACAAAGAGAACUGGAAAAAUCUCAAGCUCAAAGAUAUGAAUUGGUCCAUACGCCUAGUCCAGAACCAGAUGAAGAAGAAAUGGACGAGAACGAGGAUAAAGACAAAAGUGUAAAGAAAAAGAAGAAGAAAACGAGAGAUAGUCCAACUGUGGAAGAUGGUAAAAAGAAAAAGAAGAGAAAAAGCAAAAAGAAAGAAAGAUCCGUGAAGUCGAAAGACAAAAAGAAAAAGAAAAAAUCGAAGAAAGACGAUUCGUCAGAAGAAACUAAUUCAGAAGAUGAUUCCGAUGAUGAAUCGAGUACUGAUGAUGAUAGAAAACGAAAGAAGAUCAGGAAAAAGGAGAAGAAGAAAUCUUCAAAAAAGAGAAGACACUCAUCUGAAGAUAGUUCUCGAGAUAGCUCACUGAACAAUACAAAGAUAGCAAAACUUGACAAACCUAAAAAUGAUUCGAAACAUCGAUCACGUAGCAAAGAUAAGAGAGGUUCGUCGCCAAUUAGAUCACUCAAUUCAAAAAAAGAAAGAUCCCAUUCUCAUGGAUCACUGAAAAAAUCUUUAAAAUCGCACGGUGGAAAGAACACUAGGGACGAAAAAUAUGAAAAAUCUACUAAGUACGAAGAAAAAAGAAGACAUUCAAGAUCUAUUGAAAAAAAAAGAUCAAAGUCCAAAGAAAAACGGAGAAGUUCUAUAGAAAGAAGAAAGCGAUCUCGAUCUCCACUACAAAAAGAAAAACCUAAAUCAACGGAAAAGAAAAGGUCUAGAUCUAGAUCUCAGCGGAAAAAGAGAUCUAGAUCCAAAUCUACAGAUCGAAAAAGACGAUCUGGAUCAAGAACAAUGAAAAUACCUGAAAGAGAGAGAAAAAGAAAGGAAUCCAGGUCGCAAGAAUUUAGAUACAAAUCGAAGAAAUCUUCAUCGCGGUCUCGACGAUCCCCGUCAGAAGAAGAUAGAUCUUUAUCUAGAUUAAAACAAUCCGAAUCUCGAAGAUCGAGAAAAUCUAAUUCAAAUCACGUUGAAAGAUCUAGAAGUCAAUCGACCUCAAAAGCUAGUAAAUCUAGUUCUAAAUAUAAAUCAAGAAAGUCACGAUCCAGCUCAUCAGAAAAAUAUCACAAACGUAAAGCUGGCGAUGAGUCGGUAGAUAAUAGGAAGAGGAAAGAUCGUUCUAUUGAAGAAUCUAAAAAAAAGAAAUCAAAAUCUCCAGAAACACACCGAAAAAAAUCAAAGCACGAUUCGACAGACCAGCAUAGUAAAAAAAUUGUUUCUGAAGAUGAAGAUGAUUUGGAUGACAUUGCAAGAAAAAAGCAAAAAUACGAAGAGGAGUAUGCGGAAAUGGCUAGAAAGCUGAAAUUAGCAGAUUCUACAAAAAAACGAGGAAGAAGUAAAUCUUUAUCUAAGGAACGAUCGAAGAAGGCAGAUAAAUCGCAUUCAAUGGAAAAAACUUAUGGAAGAAAUUCUAGAUCUGUAUCUAAAGAUAAAGUAGAUAGUUCCAUGAAGAAAUCAACAAAACAUCAGUCACGGGAUAAAAGUAAAUCGAAAUCAAUGGAAAAGAAAUUGAAAAGGAGUGAAAGAUAUGAUAGGAACCCUUCUCCUUCACGAAGUAGGUCACCAAAACAUAGUCAAACUCGAUCUAAACUUAGUCCAAGCUUGAAACGACAUAGUGAUUCACCAGAAUCCAAGCCUUCCCCAAAAAGACAAACCAGAGAAGUAGUAUCAAAAGAAAGACUGUCAACUUUAGUAAGUAAUCAAAAAAGUACUGACAUCCCAUCAUCGUCUCAUAAAAGUGUGGAUUUAAUCAAAGAAGACUCAAAACGUUCUAACAAAUACUCAAAAAAUAACACAUAUUCACCUAAAAUUGGUAGAACCAGAUCUAGAAGUAAGAGUCACGAACGAAACGUAGAUGUAAAUGUUACUAAACUGACAUCUGCGUCUCCUAAAAAUCUCCCUAAGAAGUCUGUGACACCUGAGGUGACCAAGGAAAAGGUUCGUGAACAGAAUAAAAAAAAAUCUUCCGAGAAGUCAAAGCCGAAAAAACCUCUGCCAGUUGUGAGGUUAAGAGCAUCUUCAAGCGAAGCCGAUCCAUCAGAUAAUGAACUUGAAAAAGAAGAAGAAGUAGACGAUAAAGAAUUCAGAUACUUGAGACUUUUAAAAUCCGAUCUGGCAGCUAAAGCAAAAGAAAGUCUAGAAAGGAAAAAAGAAAAACCCCCAAGUCCAAGACCAAUUGUUAAACGACACAUAGAAGCUGACUUUUUUGAUAUCAAAGUUUUACCUCUAAGAAACGGAAAAGAAAUUAGUCCUACAUCAAUAGAUAAGGACGAUUUUAAUAUAAAAAAACAUAGGCCAAGGAGCAAGACCAGAUCGAGAUCGAAGAGCUCGUUUUCUAGAGAAAAAAAUAGUAAGAGUAAAUCAAAAUCGAGAUCCAGAAGUUCUUCCGAAUCUUCCUCGAGUUCAAAAGAUAGACUUAGUAGAUCGUCGUCGGAUUCAAGUAAAUCACAGUCGAGGUCUAGAUCAAGAUCGUAUUCUCGAUCAAGAAGUGGAUAUAGUUCUUCUAGUUCAACAUCAAGUAGUACUACAAGAUCUAGAUCACCUUCUAUACCCAGGAGGCAUGGGUCUCCCAGCUUUUUAGACAGAAGACGAAUAACCAGUGCAAGAAAGAGACCAAUCCCUUACACAAGAGCUUCACCCUCUUCUCCUUCUUCUGCGAGCAGCUGUAGCAGCAAAAGUCUUUAUUACAGACACCGAUCUACUAGCAGAUCACUCAGCAGAAGAUCUUCUCAUUCUAAAUCGAGAAAUAGCUCUCCUGUAAGGUCGUCAAAGUCACCCUAGCGUUUAAUUGAUUGUUUGGAGGAGGUUAUAAAGAAAGUGCAAUAAUUUUUUUUUUUUGAUAUUUGGUAUGAUAUUAUUAGUGUGAUGACAUUAAACUUUUGAUUUACUGCCAAGUCGCCAGACUGUUAUAUAAAAUUAGGCAUUACCUAUACAAAAGAUGAAACUAGAAGAAAUUGUCAAAUCAGACAUAUCGAUUGCCUAUUUUUGUUUUAUUUGGAAAUAUUUUCUUAACAAGAGAAUUUACUUCUAAUCUACAAAUGUAAUAGAAAGUUUUGAUAAAUGCUAUUCAACUCGACUGUAUCACGGGUGUCAAAAUGAAAGUGGGGAAGGAUAUGAGACCCCAAAAAUGGAAUUUUUUAAAUAAUUCAUUGAAUUAAAAAAAAUUAUUAGUAACAAAACUUAAUUUAAUUUAAAAAAAAUUAGGGAUUUUUGUCAUAAUGGCUUAGAAAUAAAUCGACAAAAAAAAGGUGACGAUCAUUUUAAGAAAUGACCAUAAAGCUGGAAAUAAUAUUAGAAAAAAUCUUAGUAAAAGUGUUAAAUACAGGGCCGUAUUAAGAUUUAUAAGGCCCGGGGCUAAAAUAAUGACGAGGCCCCCUUAAGGAAUUCUAGCUUAGUCCGGCACCGGUUAAAUAUAUAUUCUGAAGUUGACAUACGUUUAGUUUGACGAUGAAUUCCUAGUUUUUAUCUUAACGAAGUAAACUAUAGUAGAAGAUUAAGGAGUUAAGGUUCACAUUGAAUAUGUAUGUUGUAAUUAAAAUUAGGUUAAAAAUUAAUUUGUGCAUUCACAUAUUCAAUGUGAACCUUAACUCCAUAAUCUUAUGGUUUACUUCGUUAAGGUAAUACUUGGGAAUUCAUCGUUAAAUUGAACGUAAGUCAACUUCAAAAUAUAUAUUUAACACUUAUAUUGUAGUUUCCCUGAUGAUGCAAAGAACUUUUCCCGAAAGCUUGGGUUUAUAGUUGAAUAAAGAGUUUUCACUUUCCAAAAUUUGCUGCAAACUCCAAUAUAUUAUUUGUUCUAACUAUUAUCUGUCUUGGUAUUUAAAUUAAUCGUUCAAAUAAAUAAAAGAGGGACAGAAUAGGACAGUGUAAUAAAUUGGUCUAAAGUUUAAACAAAUCCUCCCCUACAGCCAUCCCGACUGGUUUACCCAUCUUAAUUAUCGAUUUUUAUGAAAUCGUAGGCAAAAAUCGUUGAAUUUGAUUAAAUGAUUACUUAAGAAUUAAUGGUUGAAAGGAAUGAAAGCAUUAAAAUGAUCUAUGCAAUAAUACAAACAUUUAAUUCUUGUUUCCUCAUGUCUCUGACCUCUCUCGGGUUUCCUUCUAAUAGAGUUUUCACACUCAGGUACAAUACAAUACCUAUAGAAAAAUUUUUUAACUUUUCCAAUGACUCAUCGAUAUUCUAACCUAUAAAGUAACUUUCACACUUGAAAAACGUCUCUAUGUUACGGUGCUGACAAUAUUCAUUUUCAAUCUUGUUUGAGACACUUUUGUUUCACUUAGUUGGAACACCUUCCACUUCCAUAGAAACUGUCCAUAUAGGAGUAUUACAUUUAUAUGAAGAAAACAAAUACUGUACGUGAUCCAAAGCCCACGAAAAAUAGCGGCGUUCAAAUCAACUCAAAUUUAACUGAUACUAUUUUGACUUUUAGACAGAGUAUAUAUUUUUUAUUGAGUUAUAGCUAUCUGAAGAGUGAAUCGAAAAUAUUUAAAAAAAUACAUGCACUCCCUUUCACAGUGGCAAAUUGGUUAGAAAUUUUACAUCAAAGUUCUUAUGUUGGCCAACUAUUUACUAAUACCGUAGUCAAGAUUAACGAUUUGGUGUACUUGGCUUAUAAACAUUCCAAAUUGUUAAUAUUUGAUAUAUGCGAAUGUGUCAGUACUUAUUUUACAUAUUUUUAGAACUCUAUAAAAAGAAUAAGUUAAAAUAACAAAAGCGUCUAUUGAAUCAAGAAAUUUGGUCCCUGAUGGUAAUCCAACUACGUUACAGUUGCUGAUGGUUAUCUUGUGCCCAUUCAUGGAUAUAGGCGUCUUUAUAAUUCCAUAUCACUUCGGCACACUUAUUCUUAAAAUAAAACACACAUAAAGAAUUUCCCCCAAGAUGUAUAUAUUUGGUCAAUUUGGUAAUAACUGUUCAAAAUCCAUGUUUCCCGAUAGACACUGCAAAAAUUAAUUUAAACUUGUAACUGAUUGUUCCAACACUUGAAGAUAUGAGAGACUCAAUUGAAAUAGAUAGAACAAUAAUUUUUGUUUCUAAAUUUAUUCACCGUAUAUUUUAUCACCUCACUGAAUAAACUGAUAUCGAACUCCCAAAAAAAGUUGCUAUUGAACCAAAUAAAAAGUUAAAUGGAGAGUUGGAUAGAAAAAAUAAUCCCGGAAAAAUUUUUGCUUUGAAAAUAUUUGUUGGAUAUACACAAUUCUCUAAUUACAACGAAAUUAGAAAACGUUCAAGCAAUCAAAAAAAUAAAAUAAGAACACUGAGUUGCUAUGUAGUUCCUAUUUAUGUUUAUUUAUCAAAUGUAAUUAGUUUAAAUUGAUAUCAAUCAUAUGAGUAGUCAAGAGAUAAAAAACCCGAGGUGGGUAUAAUACCUGGUUGCCCAACAAAGUGCAGAAAGUUGGUUGCCUAUAUAAAUGUUAAAAUAAGUACUUACAUACUUGUAUACAAAAAAUAUUUGACAUAAUGUAAUUUAAGAUAUUAAAUUUAUAUAUACCUAUUAUUUAUAUUAAUUUUGUUGUAAUUUGAACCUAAAACGUAUAUACUGAAAUUUUUAUUUACAUAUAUUUAUUUAUUAUAUUUUUACACAGUUUUUUUUACUUCAUAUUAUUUAUUAUAUUUAUACCACAACUAUCUAUAAUCACUCAAUGGGUUCAGUAACUAUAUAGUGCAAAUCCUAUUUAUAAUUAAAAAUAUUAUUUGUACACAUAUCCAUAGAUCCAGUUAUUCAAACUCGAAGUUAAUUUUGUAAUUGAUUUUUUCAACAAAAUGUUCUAGUCUCCUGUCUUUUUCUGCACUAUAUAUUUAAUGUUUACAAUACUCUAGUCAUAUUUUUAUUUACAUUUGUGUGAUAUUUCUUUUCGUUAUAUUUAUUUAUUUAAAAAUAAUCAUGUAGAUACUACUAAUAAAAGAAAUUAUGUUAUAA